GACUGGCUGCCUAGCACCAACACCCGCCCCGCGUCGCUGUUGACAGACCCCGGAGUCGAAGCGGUCCGAGCGGUUUACGGCUGUGGAAUGCCGAAAAGUACGUUAUGUAUAAAAGUGGCUACUUUCCAUAAUAAAUGAAAAUGGCCAAUUCUUUAAGAGGAGAAGUACUGAAUCUUUAUAAAAAUCUGCUGUAUCUUGGACGAGACUAUCCAAAAGGAGCAGACUAUUUUAAAAGGCGUCUGAAGAAUGUUUUCCUAAAAAACAAAGAUGUGAAGGACCCAGAGAAGAUCAAAGAACUUAUUGGACGGGGUGAAUUUGUAAUGAAAGAGCUAGAAGCCUUAUACUUCCUUAGGAAAUACAGAGCGAUGAAACAACGCUAUUAUUCAGAUACCAACAAAACUAAUUGAUCUAUAUUACUAUAAUUUGGCUGGAAUUCAGUGCCAGCUCUUUAUGUACACCAGAUAUAACAGUAACUGCAACUUAAAAUGGCAAGAUAUACACAUUAUGUAAAAAAUACCUGAGCUGCCUUAAUGAACUAAAAUAAGCAACUUUGGUUCACAGAGCUUUAUCAGCAACCCUUUGUUAAUUUUUAUACAAAAUCAGCAAUAUAGCCAACUACCAAUUAAAAAUUAAUGAGUACCCAAUUUUGAAUGUACUUAAUUUCAACUUACUAAAUUUUUUACCUAUUACUCUUAGCCCCCUUUCUCCAUUUUACUGACAAGAGAAUGCCAUUUAAUGCAUUUAAGCAAAAUAAUUUCUUGCCCAUUAAUUUCCUGUAACUUUUGAAGGAGUACCACCUUAUUUUUGAACAUAUUUGGUACAUUAACAGCACACAUUCAAGGUUCACUGCAAAACAAAUAGCACAUGGUAUUGAUUUAAGUGCAGGUAUAGAAAUAGUAUGUGUGGAGUAAGAUUAUUUCUGAUCUUGAAGUAGGCUGCCAGUAACUGGCAUUAAAUACAUACCUAUUUAAUAACUUCCGUUAUUGGGGCGCCUAGGUGGGUCAGUGGGUUAAGCCUCUGC